GCCCAAAGCCCCAAACUAUGCAUUAGUGAGAUUGAGCAUAAGAGGCCGAUAUUCGACAGAGGGAAUUGGGCUCAGGAGGUUAAGAGCAAAAUGAGGAGAACCAGAACCAAAUACGGCCCAGCUGAGCUGAGAGAGGGAAUUCUUUGCAUUUUUCCAUGAAGAUUGAUAAACUAGUCCACACUCCACAACGCCACAAAGGCACAAAAUAGAGUAUUGGCAAUUUGGCAUGUUGAGGAAACUACCACUAAAGUCUACAAGGCGUCGAAAAUUGGUCACAUGAACCUAAUGUAUGGACCUGCCAUCAUUACCAAAGGAACCUCAACAUCACAUUUAGUCAAUCCCCGCGAUUAUGUCUCAUCGCCAACCACAGAGGGCACUUGGGUUGGGUGGAAGCUAGGCAGGGGAAGCCUACAAGUCACCAGUCAACUUAUUAGGGAGUGUACGAUACUUUUAACCGAUUAAUUUUCACUUUAUCUCACGUGGAUAUAUCUAGUACUUGUGACAUGAAACUUUUUUAGUACUCAUAUGUCAUAUUCACUUUCCAUUUGGUCCUUCUAGACGAAGUAUUCGUUCAUAUAGAAAACAAAGUCACUAACCACAUAUUAUUAGAGACAAAUUCACUUUAUUUGUAAAAAUUUCACUUCUAUGACAGACGUAUCACAUCUUUCAUUGCCCUAUCAACCAAUUGCGUAGAGAAAAUUGACGCCAUUUGUGGUUUCGAUACAAUUAACAAUGUAUAAUUCACAUCCCAAUAUCUGGGGGUAAUGAACACUACACAACAUAUUAAACAGUAGUAGCUGUUCAAAAAAUAUUAUUUAUUUUCUGUUUUUUUAUAGCUGACGAUCAGUAUGUGGAACAGUUAACAAAUAUGACGGUUAUUCGAUACUUUAAACACAAAAACAACAUGUUGUUAUGUGAAAGUAGGGUACGGAUCAUUCUGAUAACCCACAACCCACAAUAAUAAGUACGGAUAUGAAAUUUUCGAUUCACGAUUCACUCGCAUUAAUCGCGCGGUUUGAAUUAUUUAUGAAUGGAGCUAAUAUCAAAGUGCAGAGUAACCACCCACCCACACACCCUCGACCUACGUCCUACGAAACUAAGAAGAAAACGCGAAGAAGCUACCUUCUCCUGGGCCACUGAGGACGAAGAUGCGGUCCUAAAACGUACCACUACACCAAACACUUUGCUAAAAUUGGGUCACCAAAAUCUAAGCAAAUUCUUGAGCAGAAAAUUCUGUGUCUGGGAACUGGAAGUCUUUCCUUCUCAUUUUGAACGUCAUUAUCUCUUCUCCUCACGGCGAGCAAUUUCUGGAUUUUCUGCUCUGUCCGCAUCCUCGUCUUCCAGGUCAUAUUUGACUACUUCUCCCACUUUUGCCAUUUAACAACAAGCACAAAAUGAUAAACAAAAUUGACUGCUUUCCCUCGAAAGCAGACAGAAAAUAAAGUAGCUGCAGGGUCAUCAAUAUCAAAAGAACAACCCCGUUUUCAUACGGCAUUAAAAUAAUGGAAUUGAUGACUUGUGAACGGGGAGAAUUGGAAUUGAUCACCUCUCCAAUAAUUAGGACCGCAUAAAUAUUUUAUGGUGUAUUCGGCUGUUGACUUCAUGGGCCACAAAGCUUCCUUAGAUCUUUUCUUUUCCCCCCAUGGCCACCACAGAAUUCUAAUCAGCAAUUCAUCAUCAAUGGGUUGCUGGGCACAUGCUCUGUUUUUCUGCUCCUCUGUUUUUCUGGCCAUAACCCAUAUCUCUGCCAUCGACACAUUCAAUUCAUCUCAACCCAUUGCAGACGGAGACACCAUUGUCUCAGCUGGUGACACAUUUGUGCUGGGAUUUUUCAGUCCACGCAACAGUUCAACGAAUCGCUACUUGGGCAUCUGGUAUCGCAACAUACCAGGCCAAGCCGUGGUUUGGGUUGCAAACAGAGACAGCCCCAUCAACGACUCAACCGGCCUUCUCACGAUUAACAGCCAGGGGAAUCUGGCUCUACUUUUGAAUCCCAAUAACGGGAGUUCAUCAGUCUGGUCUUCCAACUCCUCGAGCCCAGCGAGAAAUCCAGUCGCUCAGCUUUUGGAUUCGGGCAACUUGGUUCUGAGGGAGGCAGGGGAUGACAACUUCUUAUGGCAGAGUUUCGAUCAUCCGUCUGACACGCUACUAGCAGGGAUGAAGCUUGGAUUAGACAAAAGAACCGGUCUUGAUCGCUACUUGACAUCUUCCAAGGCAGCUGAUGAUCCUUCCAGCGGUAGCUUCACAUACAGGAUUGACCCCAGAGGAUACCCUGAGUUCAUCCAGAGCGAAGGCUCGACCGAGCGUUAUCGAACUGGUCCAUGGAAUGGGUUGAGGUUUAGUGGAACACCAUACCUAAGGGCUAACCCAAUUUACAGGUUUCAGUUCGUUGUGAGCGACCAAGAGAUCUACUACAGCUAUCUCCUACUGGGCAACACUUCGACCGUAUCGAGGUUGGUGUUGAAUCAGAAUGGGAUCAUUCAGAGGCUGACUUGGUCAGGAGAUACACAAGGCUGGGUGAUCUAUGUCACGGCUCAAAUGGAUUUCUGCGACCGAUAUGCGCUGUGUGGCGCUUACGGUAGCUGCAAUAUACGAAGCUCCCCUGUCUGUAAUUGCUUGAGAGGGUUUGUGCCCAAGGUUCCUAAUGAGUGGAACUUGGUGAACUGGUCUAAUGGUUGUGUUAGGCAGACUGCACUUAACUGCUCUGCAGAUGGGUUUGUGAAGUACUCUGGAAUCAAGCUGCCUGAAACGCGUAGAUCGUCGUAUGACGUGAGUAUGAGCCUCGAUGAGUGCAGGGGGAAUUGCUUGAGGAGCUGCAAUUGUACAGCUUAUGCUAAUCUGGAUAUCAGGGAUGGAGGGAGUGGGUGCUUGCUCUGGUUUAGUGAGUUGAUUGAUAUAAGAGAGCUAGAGGAUAGUGGGCAAGACAUUUACAUAAGGAUGGCUGCUUCUGAGAUAGAAGCAACAGGGGAUUCAGAGACUAAUUCCGGAUCCAGUAUGAGGAAGGAAAUUAUCAUUCUGAUCGUUGUGUUGUCAACAGGGCUGGUGCUGAUAGGUCUAGCCUUGAUCUUCUUUAUGCGGAGCUUCAGGCAGAAAAAACAGAGAGAAUUGGGAGGAGUUGAUCUAGAAGAGAGUACAAAUUUGAGCACAAACAAGGAUGAUUUGGAGCUGCCACUGUUUGAUAUGCCUACUAUUGCUUUAGCAACAAACAGCUUCUCCCUCAGCAAUGUAGUUGGAGAAGGUGGUUUUGGACCUGUCUAUAAGGGAGUACUGAAAGAUGGACAAGAAAUAGCAGUGAAGAGGCUAUCAAAGGAGUCGAAACAAGGGCUUGGUGAGUUCAAGAACGAGGCCAAGCACAUUGCCAAACUUCAGCACAGGAAUCUAGUGAAGCUCUUAGGAUGCUGCAUUCAGGAAGAAGAGAUGAUUUUGAUCUACGAGUUCAUGCCCAACAAAAGCUUGGACUACUUCAUUUUCAAUGAAAAACAAAGCACGUUACUUGAUUGGCCUGCCCGGUAUCAGAUCAUCAAUGGGAUUGCUCGCGGACUCCUGUACCUCCACCAAGAUUCAAGACUCAGAAUAAUCCACAGGGAUCUAAAAGCUGGCAACAUCCUGCUGGAUUUUGAGAUGAACCCAAAAAUUUCAGAUUUCGGACUGGCAAGAAGCUUUUCCGAGAGCGAUAGCAAAACCAACACCAGGAAGGUGGUCGGCACGUAUGGUUACAUGUCACCGGAGUAUGCAAUCGACGGCAUCUACUCAGUGAAGUCGGACGUUUUCAGUUUUGGGGUGAUGGUACUAGAGAUUGUGAGUGGAAAAAGAAACAGGGGGUUCUCUCAUCCAGAUCACCAACUCAACCUUCUUGGCCAUGCAUGGAAGCUAUAUCAAGAAGGAAGGUACGAGGAACUGAUGGAUAAAACAGUAAGGAAUUCAUGCGACCUCGACCAGGUGUCCCGGUCAGUCAACAUUGGUCUUCUUUGCGUUCAAAGGAGUCCAGAGGACAGGCCUACCAUGUCGUCUGUGGUUCUAAUGUUGAGCUGUGAAGGUGAGUUGCCUCAGCCUAAAGAACCAGGGUUCUACGGCGAAAGAGAUUUUGUAGAAGUUGGCAAUUCUUCAACAAGCAACAACGUGCGGUGUUCAGCAGAUUAUAGUUUAACUGAAAUAGAAGCUAGAUGAGGCAAAGCAGCAAGUGGAGAUAUAGCGCGCAGAGUACUUACAUUACAGUUUCAUGACGUUUGAUGCCAGAGCUUAGUUUAGUUCCACAUUUGAUACCGGCUUCUGCUUGUGCCUCUGCAUUUGAUUUUGAUGUAUAGAUUGAUGAAAUAUCUUGACCUGCAUUACUGCGUCUUUCAGAUCAAUCAACCCUUCAGAGGAAAUUGUCCAAAAAAGAAAAAAACCUAGGAAAGAGCGAUCAUUACUAACAUUCUCGUUUGGGCAAUUCGUCGAACAAUUAGCGGGCAUGUCACUGUUAGUAUUUGCAGCAUCGAUCCAUCAAGUGUUCGGCAAGUCUUGAUUGAAUGAAAGAAGUGACGAGAUAUUGAGAUGCCAAUUUGGCAUUUUGCUCAUAUAUGACGUCGUGACGUAGCAGUGGCGCCAACAUUGAACUAGGUUGAAGUUCUUGACCCGUUUCCUUCCCUCUUCCCUCCGUUUUCACUCCUGAAAUCAAUCAAUCAAUCAUCG